AUGGCGGAAAAAUUGAAGGGAGCAAAGAAGGAGCGGAGAGAAAAUACAAAGGGUAAAGACAAGUAAGCAUCCAUGAUGGCCGAUGAAAGUCUCUCUAAAUCAACAAAAGCUGCUUCAGUGUUAGCAGAGAACCUGCAGCUGGAUGCGACGACCAUGGGAAGGGUAAUUUGUUUACUCGAUCAAGACAACACCGUACCAUUCAUAGCUCGAUAUCGCAAGGAAGAAACUGGAGGACUGGAUCCUUCCAAACUCAGGCAAAUAAAGGAGCAGUAUGAACAUUUUAAAUCCAUCAGAGAACGUGCCAAGUUAGUUACGAAGAAGAUCGGUAAGAAGCUUACACCAGACAUCAAGAGGUCUCUUGACAAUGCUGUUACCAUGGAAGAAGUGGAAGAAGUGUACGCCCCAUUUAAGCCAGGUCACAAAGGAACAUAUGCCGAGAGAUCACGCCAGUUAGGCCUUGGUGAACCUGCAGAGCUCUUGCUGAAGGAUCCUACAGCUGUUCAUCUUGACAAACUGGUUAAACCAGGUGUGAAAGGAAUCAGAACUGUCAAUGAGGUAUCCCUUGGCCUUCAAUAUAUUCUAGCAGAUGUCAUCUCCAAAGACAGUGCAACUUUAAACUCCAUCAAGUCAUUGUUGAAGAGAAAUCCAGUUCGUGUGGUAGCGAGCCUGCGUCCUUUAGGCAAAGAGAGAGCAAAAUACAAAAAGUAUGAUGGUUUUCAUAGGCCAGUGACUUCGCUUAAGGCACAUCAAGUGCUUGCUUUAAAUAGAGGUGAACAGAACAAGAAUCUCACCGUGAGGCGUGAGAUUCCUAAAAAUGCCGAAUUUGACUUUCAUACUCCUCUUCUGGAAAAAUGGGUGCCCUCCAAUGCAUCUGCACAGAUAAAAAGAUUAUGCAAGAGUGCAGUGCUUGAUGCUUACAAAAGACUCAUUGAACCAAAGAUCAUUAGAAGAACCAGAGUGUCAUUAACGAAACAGGCUGAAAAGGAGAGCGUCAACGUAUUUGUGAUGAACUUGUAUCGUCUCCUCCUCACCCCACCAUUGAGAGGAAAGAAUGUCAUCAGUCUAGACCCAGGCUUCUCCCAUGGAUGCAAGUUAGCGGUUCUUGGGUCUACAGGAGAGAUAUUAGGGACAGGUGUAAUCUUUCCUUUUGGGGAAAACAAAAACCGAGGACGAGCAGAGAAGACUGUGAUCGACCUUGUUCUAAGACACAGCUGUGACUAUGUGGCCAUUGGGAAUGGCGUUGGAUGCCGGGAAGCUGAACAGUUUAUUUGUAAACUCAUCGAAAAAGGAAAAUUUGUACCUCGUGACGUCGCUUAUUGUAUCGUCAGCGAAGCUGGAGCUUCUGUUUAUAGUGCUUCUCCUGAGGCAGAAGCUGAGCUGCCGAGCCUCGAUACAACCUUGAGGGGUGCUGUUUCAAUUGGGCGGAGAUUGCAAGAUCCUCUCUCAGAAUUAGUAAAGGUUGAACCCAAGCAUCUAGGUGUUGGAAUGUAUCAGCAUGACAUCCCCGAGACUAUGCUGCGAGAGGCCUUGGACGGGGUGAUAGAGGACUGUGUCAGCUUUGUAGGAAUUGACUUAAACGUGGUUGGAGUCUCCAUGUUAAGGCGCAUAGCUGGUUUAAAUGAAACGAAAGCGAAGGCUAUUUUAGCAUGGAGAGAGAAACAUGGUGCCUUCGUAAACCGUGAGGAGCUAAAGGAAGUGAAAGGAAUUGGAUCAAAAACGUAUGAACAAUGUGUAGGUUUUGUCAGGAUAAUCAGUAGUCCGCCAACUCAAGGCAACUGUACAAUACCAUCUACCAGUGGUCAAGAUACGAUUAUUAUAUCAAGUCCUGACGGGGGAGAGAAUGCGAAGACCCAUGGUAAGAAGAGAAAACAUGCAAUCAGCGAAGAACAGGGAGGGAGGAAGAAACAGAUGAAAACUGUUGGGAGCCAAAAGUUUCGUCCCGAGCCGUUGGAUAGGACUUGGAUUCACCCUGAAUCUUAUCCAGUGGCUAGAAGCGUCAUGAAAGAGUUGGGUGUUCUACCAGAGCAGAUUGGUAAACCGGAAGUUAAAGCUGCGAUUGAAAAAUAUCUACAAACUCAGAAGAUUGAGAAAUUGGCGGCCAAGAACAAUGUGGGCAUUGCAACACUACAGCAUAUUGUGGAUGGUCUCAGACAGGCGACGGAUCACGACAUAAGAGUCAAUUUCCAGAAACCUUUGUUCAAAAAGAACAUCACCUCGCUUAAAGACAUUCAUCCGGGCACUCAGCUUAGCGGUCGCGUCAUGAAUAUGACGUCAUUUGGUGCAUUCGUAGACUGCGGUGUUGGCCUGGAUGGCCUGGUUCACAACAACGACAUGAGACAGUUCGAAGGAAAACUAGGCCUAGGAGAUCUAGUUGAAGUCACUGUUAAAAGUGUCGAUACUGAGAAACAACAAUUUUCUCUGGUUCUGAAGAAAAUUUCCUCAAGUUUCAAUCCAGAGUUGCUUAUCUCAAUGGGAAAUUAGUUUGUGAAUUUUUUUCAGAAAAAAAUUGGCGACAAACUUAUCAUUCCCAGGUCUUGUUUUUGCUUCUUUAUGAAUGUAGUGCUUCCACAUUACAAUUACUUGGUAACAGAGUGUUUCAAUUAAACUUAUUUGAAAUUGAGGUCUCUUAUUAGGAAUCUUCGUCUUUGCGAGUCACUGAGUGACUGAGUGAAUUUGCUCCUUUCUGCUUUGAAGCCAUCACUAACUCGAAAUUAAGACAGCUCUACACUUGUGUUACCAGGAAAAGAAAAAAAAUUAAAAAGGAAAAAGCAGAAAUCCCUUUCGAAUCAAAUCAGACUCACAAAGAAUUAUCUGUUUUGUUAAAAGGGAAAAUCCCUCUUAAUAAUAUUGCAGACAUCAUUAAAAUAUAUUUUCUCUA